GCGCCGCACAGCUACAGCCCCGCACCCCCGGGCGUUCACACUGAGCGACCCGCUCCUGCGGCUUCUCCCAGCCACACGGGACCAGGAUUUUUGACUGCUAGGGGUGAAGUGACCUCUUAGAGGGAACAAGGAUAAAAACCUUGCGUCUUUGAUCUCCCGAGCCCUGAGAAAAUGGAGAGCCUUAGAGGCCCCUAUAUAGAUGACGCGAUUGCGAGAGAAAGCAAAGAGGAGAAUCCUCAGCUGAAGCUAGACACAGAAAAGAAACUAGACACACAUGCCGGCCCCAUUAACUGUUGGAGGCCACGCGGCAGAGAAAAUCACUAUCAAUGUACAGAAUGUAGGAAAAGCUUCAGUGUUCAUUCGGCGCUGAUCAAACAUCAGAGAAUCCACACCGGAGAGAAACCCUAUCAGUGCAGUGAAUGUGGGAAAAGCUUCAGUGUAAGCUCGACGCUGGUUACUCAUCAGAGGAUCCAUACGGGGGAGAGGCCCUACAAAUGCGUGCAGUGUGGGAAGAGCUUCAAUCAAAGCUCACACCUCACUCAGCAUCAGAAGAUCCACAAGGGAGAGAAGCCAUGUACAUGUACUGAAUCUGGAGAAGGCUUUACUGACAGCUCAACGUGCGUGAAACAUCCAGGACUGCAUGCUGGAGUGGGGCCCUAUAAAUGCGCUGAAUGUGGGAAAAGCUUCAAUCGGAGCUCCACUCUCUACAACCACAACAGGAUCCACACGGGAGAGAAACGCUACAAAUGUGAUGAGUGUGGGAAAAGCUUCAGUGUGAGCUCCAACCUCAUCAGGCAUCAGAAAAUCCACACAGAGCAGAGACCCUAUAAGUGUCUUGAAUGUCGUAAGAGCUUCAGCCUGAGCUCAGACCUGGAAGCGCAUCAGAGGCUUCACCUGGGAGAGAAACCCCACAAAUGUUCUGAGUGCGAGAAAAGCUUUGAUCAGGAGUCGCAGCUCCUGAAACAUCAGCGAGUUCACGCUGGGGAAAACUCGUAUGAAUGUGUGGAGUGUGGGAAGAGCUUUAGUAGGAAGGGGAACCUCCUGAGACACCAGGAGAUCCACACUGGGGACAAACCCUACCAGUGUAAUGAAUGUGGGAAAAGCUUCAGCCGGAGUUCGUCGCUCAUGCAGCAUCAGCGGAUCCACACUGGAGAGAAACCCUACAGCUGCAUCGAAUGUGGCAAGAACUUCAGCUUUAGCUCCCAGCUCACCACCCACCAGCGGAUCCACACAGGGGAGCGGCCCUACAAAUGUAACGAGUGUGGAAAAAGCUUUGUGGAUAGCUCGGGUCUCAUUCAGCAUCGGAGAAUUCACACGGGAGAGAAGCCCUACCAAUGCACUGAGUGUGGGAAGAGCUUCCGGCAGAACUCGGUGCUGAUUCAACACCGGAGAACCCACACCGGUGACAAGCCCUUCGAGUGCGGGGAGUGUGGGGAACGCUUUAGCCAGAGCUCCACGCUGAUCACACAUCAAAGGAUUCACACCGGGGAGCGGCCCUACCACUGCAGCGAGUGCGGGAAGAGCUUCAGCGAGAGCUCGCACCUCACGCAGCAUAGGAGAAUCCACACGGGGGACAAGCCCUACAAGUGCGGUGAGUGUGGGAAGAGCUUCAUUCAGAGCUCGCAGCUCACCACCCACCAGAGGAUCCACACAGGAGACAAACCCUACCAGUGCCACACCUGUGGGAAGAGCUUCAGUGACAGCUCAGCGCUCACCCAGCAUCAGAGAGUCCACACCGGGGAGCGACCGUACCAGUGCACGGAAUGUGGGAGGAGCUUCAGCCAGAGCUCGGCCCUGGUGCAGCACUGGAGGAUCCACACUGGAGAUAAGCCCUAUGAGUGCACCGAGUGCGGGAAAACUUUCAGCCAGAGCGCAGGGCUCACUCAGCACCGGAGCACCCAUACAGCGCACAUGGAAGAAAAACCCUAUCAGUGUUCUGAAUGUGGGAAAAGCUUCAGUCGAAACUCCUACCUUACUCAGCAUCAGAGAAUCCAUGUGGCAGAGAAACCCUUUGGUUGUGGUGAAUGUUUGAAAAGCUUCACUCGGAAUUCAGACCUGGUUAAACACCAGCGAAUCCACACAGGAGAGAAGCCUUAUCAAUGCAACGAGUGUGAGAAAACCUUCAGUCAGCGGUCAAAUGUUAUCAGACACCAGAGAACCCACACGGGUGAAAAACACUACAAAUGUAAAGAAUGCGGGAAGAGCUUCAGUCAGAAUUCGCACCUCAUCGUACACCAAAGAAGCCACAAGGGCGAGAAGCCCUACCGUUGUACUAGAUGUGAGAAAAGCUUCAGUGAUUGCUCAUCGCUUAUCAUACACAGGAGAAUCCACACAGGGGAGAAACCCCAUCAAUGUAAAGAAUGUGGGAAAAGGUUCCGUGACAGCUCCGCCAUCAUCCGACACCAGCGAAUCCACACGGGAGAGAAACCCUACAAAUGUGGUGAUUGUGGAAAGAGCUUCCGACAGAGCUCAUCACUUAUUACCCACAGAAGAACCCACACAGGAGAAAAGCCCUACAAAUGUUCCGUGUGUGAUAAAAGCUUCAGUCAGAGCUCAGCACUUGCGACUCAUCACCGUAUCCACACAGGAGAAAAUCCCUAUCGAUGUUCUGAAUGUGGGAAAACCCGGAGUGAGCGCGCUGCACUUAUUUCACAUCGGAGUGUCCACACACAUGGAAAACCUUACAAGUGUGCUGAAUGUGGCGAAAGCUUUAGACGGAGCACAGCACUUAAUGUGCAUCUGAGAAUCCACAGAGGAGAGAGACCAUAUACAUGUGAUGAAUGUGGGAGAACCUUCAGACAGAGCUCAGCCCUUGAUGUGCAUUCGCGAAUCCACACAGGAGCAAGACCUUAUAAAUGUAGUGAAUGUGGAAAAAACUUCAGACAGAGCUCAGCACUUAAAGUGCAUUUGAGAAUCCACACAGGAAAGAAACCCUAUAAAUGUAUUGCAUGUAGGAAAAGUCUCAGUUUGCGUUCACAUCUAGUAUAGCAGGGGUGUCCAAACCAUGGCUCGUGAACUGCAUGCGGCUCUUUUACAGUUAAAGUGCAGCUCGCAGAUCCCCCUCUCCCCAUUCUCCACCUACCAGACUGGGGGGGAAGCUCGAGACCUCUAUCUUGCAGCGGGGUAGUGGGGUAGGGCCCCCUUCCCAGUGGGGAGGGAGUCUCAGGGCUUCAGCCCUGUGGGGCAUGCCUGCUGGGGUUUAGGGCUUCAGCAG